GUGGGGACAGCUGAGGGCAACAAGGUUUCUGCAAAAGAAGAGGGGUUAGUGCUGAGAUCGAGACAGGAGAGGAUGCCAGUGGCUGGAGCUUGAGUGUCUGAUUCUGGAAUGAGAAAAAUAAAGCCAUGGAGAAGGUGUGCGGUGUGGGAGAGCCGGGGAGCAGCAGGUUGAAGUGGCUGAUGACAUCACGGUUCCCGGGAGCGGAGGAGCUGGAGCCUGAGCCCGAGGGAGCCUGAGCUGCUGGGGGCUGCAGACAUGGAGGGCCAGAACGGUGGCGGCAGCAGUGGGAAGCCAGGGACCCGGGUUGGCCUGGGCUCCUUACUUGUACCUCAUGGGAUUUCUCAAACUGGAACGCCCUCCAAGGUGGACUCAAGUUUUCAGCUCUCAGUGAAGGAGGCUGCAGCCCCAAGACCUUUGGAACCAAGGUUGGCUCUGGCACCUGUGGGGCCGCGAGCAUCAAUGUCACCUUCCUCAGAGGGGCCAAGGCUAGCUCUGGCAUCUCCUCGACCCAAACUAUCUCCACUGUCUACCCCUGGAGGACACAGAAGAGCUCCUGCCCACCGCAGCUCCAGCCAGGCUCCCACGUGUGUGGGCCAGCUGGUAGUGUCUGCCUCAGCUGGACCAAAGCCUUCCCCAGCCACCUCAAGCGCAGUCUUGGCUCCAACAUCUCUGGGGCAGCUGGUGGUGUCUGCCUCAGCUGUCCCAAGGCCUUCGCCUGCUGCCCUGGAGACCAGUGUGGCUCCAGCUUCCAGAGACAAGAAGCAGUUGUCACCCACCUCCCUGGAACCUAAAUCAGCAUUGGCAGCUUCAAGCUUGAGCCUGACCCUGGCUUCUCAGGAGGAGUCGCAUCAACCCCCAUCCAGCCCUUCCCCUGUUCCCAGCCCAGUUCUGUCACCCUCUCAGGAACAGACCCUGACACCAGCAUCCAUGGCCUCACCACCCACUUCUUCAAGAUGGACAGCAGCUAAACAAAAGGAUGCCUCAGUCCCCAGACCUCUUCCCGCUUCUGAGGGGCAUCUCCAGCCUCCAGCUCUGGCAUCUGGUCCUACAGCUUCCCCAUCCUUGAUCCAGACCACCCCAGAUCCCCGGCUCUCCCCGACCUUCCGAGCUCGGCCUGAAGCUCCCCGAAACAGCCCUGAGGAUCCUGUCCUGCCACGGCCACCUCAGAACCUGCCCUUGGAUGUGGGUCAGGGCCCUCCAGAGCCUGGCACCCGCUACCCUGGACUUCUGUCCCCUACCUUCCGACCAGGAACUCUCUCAGGCCAGACAGUACUCCCUGCUCUGCCCAAGCCACCUCGGUCUCCUAGCCGCUCUCCCAGCCGCUCCCCCAGCCGCUCUCCAUGUGUCCCCUCAGCCCCUGAGGUCGCUAUCCCCAGGCCUGGCACCCAGAGGACAGGGCCUGGCACUCAGGGCAUAGGACCUAGCACCAACAGCACAGGGCUUGGAAACCAGGGUGCAAUGCCUGGCAGAGGCCUGAGCUCCAAUCUUCAAGCUGGAGAAGCUCCAGCCCCAGUUACCACCUCUCCUACAACUACUUCAUCCUCCUCUUGGUCAGCUCAGCCUACCUGCAAGAGCGACCCCGGAUUCCGGAUCACUGUGGUCACAUGGAACGUGGGCACUGCCAUGCCUCCAGACGAUGUCACAUCGCUCCUCCACCUGGGAGGUGGUGAUGACAGUGAUGGUGCAGACAUGAUCGCCAUAGGGUUGCAGGAAGUGAAUUCCAUGAUCAACAAGCGGCUCAAGGACGCUCUCUUCACGGACCAGUGGAGCGAGCUAUUCAUGGAAGCGCUGGGGCCCUUCAAUUUCGUGCUGGUGAGUACAGUGAGGAUGCAAGGCGUCAUUCUUCUGCUAUUCGCCAAGUACUACCACCUGCCCUUCCUGAGGGACGUGCAGACCGAUUGCACACGAACUGGCCUGGGUGGCUACUGGGGUAACAAGGGUGGUGUGAGUGUGCGCCUAGCAACUUUCGGACACAUGCUCUGCUUCCUGAACUGCCACUUGCCUGCGCAUAUGGACAAAGCAGAGCAACGCAAGGACAAUUUUCAAACUAUCCUUAGCCUCCAGCAAUUCCAGGGACCCGGUGCACACGGCAUCCUGGAUCAUGACCUUGUGUUCUGGUUUGGGGACCUGAACUUCCGCAUCGAGAGUUAUGACCUGCACUUUGUCAAGUUCGCUAUCGACAGUGAUCAGCUCCAUCAACUCUGGGAGAAAGACCAGCUCAACAUAGCCAAGAACACUUGGCCCAUCUUGAAGGGCUUCCAAGAGGGGCCCCUUAACUUCGCUCCCACCUUCAAGUUUGAUGUGGGUACCAACAAAUAUGAUACCAGCGCCAAAAAGCGGAAGCCAGCCUGGACAGAUCGUAUCCUGUGGAAAGUCAAGGCUCCAGGUGGAGGUCCUAGCCCCUCAGGACGGGAGAGCCACCGGCUCCAGGUGACCCAACACAGCUACCGUAGCCACAUGGAAUACACAGUCAGUGACCACAAGCCUGUGGCUGCUCAGUUUGUUUUGCGGUUUGCCUUCAGGGACGACGUGCCACUGGUACGGCUGGAGGUGGCAGAUGAGUGGGUACGGCCAGAGCAGGCUGUGGUGAGGUACCGCAUGGAAACAGUGUUUGCCCGCAGCUCCUGGGACUGGAUCGGCUUGUACCGGGUGGGUUUCCGCCACUGCAAAGAUUAUGUGGCCUAUGUUUGGGCCAAACAUGAAGAUGUGGACGGGAAUAUCUACCAGGUGACAUUCAGUGAGGAAUCACUACCCAAGGGCCACGGAGACUUCAUCCUGGGCUAUUACAGUCACAACCACAGCAUCCUCAUCGGUGUCACUGAACCCUUCCAGAUCUCUCUGCCUACCUCGGAGUCAACCAGCAGCAGCACAGACAGCUCGGGCACUUCCUCGGAGGGUGAGGAUGACAGCACUCUGGAGCUGCUCGCACCCAAGUCCCGCAGCCCCAGUCCUGGCAAGUCCAAGCGACACCGUAGCCGCAGCCCAGGACUGGCCCGUUUCCCCAGCUUUGCCCUCCGGCCCUCAUCCCGUGAACGCCGAGGUGCCAGUCGUAGCCCCUCACCCCAGAGCCGCCAGCUAUCCUGCAUGGCCCCUGAUAGGAGUAGUGGCAGGAGCAAUGGCAACAGCAGCCGAGGCAGUAGUGAAGAAGGGCCUUCUGGGCUGCCUGGACCCUGGGCCUUCCCAGCAACUGUACCUCGAAGCCUGGGCCUGCUGCCUGCCUUGCGCCUAGAGACUGUAGAUCCUGGUGGUGGCGGCCCCUGGGGACCUGAGCAGGAAGCCUCUGACCCUGAUAGCCUGUCUCCUAGCCCUCAGGGAAGGAAGGGGCUGGAGGAAGAGGGCCUGGGACCCUGAGGGCAAGGUAGGCAGAAGGGCUCAGCUGGCCCCACACUGCCUCACUCUUCAUAAACCCACCUGCCUCUCUCCUGCUGCCACUCCAGCUAUAUCAGUACCUGCCUCUGUCCUGGCCAAGGGUGGUCAAUUGGCACCUCAGCUGUGACAAUCAGCAAAGCCCUACCUGGGCCCCUAUCUAGGAUGGUGGGGAAAAUCUGGCAGAUGUCCCAAUCCCGGAGAUCAUCCAUCAGGAAUUAAAUUCUCCAGCUUCA